CUGGGGUAGGUGGAGGGUGGAUCCCCAAAAGAGCCAACGACUUCUCAAGAAUCUUUGGAUUUCACGAAAGGUCGAUGUGGGUCGUUUUUCUUCUUUUUGUGUGUUUUGCGAUUGGCCACAUCGUGCGGAACCCACUUGUUUUUUUGUGGAGCCGACGCUGCCAUGGCUACUGCCACUGCAAUCGGGAGGGAUACUCUGGACAAGGAUGAGGAGAGGGGGCCCGAGCUGAAAGAUGGCGCAGAGAUCAAGCUAGCGGACGGCGGGCGAUGGCGAAUUGCAGCUCUUGGCAUCGUACAACUUGUCUCUUCCACCUCACACGUAUCCACUUCCAGAGAAUCUGGGUACUUCAAAAGUGGAUGAAUUUGUGUCAGAUUGGUGUCAGAUUUGUUGGUUUCCCAAGCCUUGGUCAUCAGACUUCAGAUCAACCCUUUCCGGGACCUGUCGUCCAUCCACUCGGGUCACUGGCCAGGAACUUGGUCUUCAAAGGGCAUGGUGAAUCAGCCCUACCAUCGCAUGCGACUCACCAGGAAGAUGUUAAGAGAUGGGACCUCCAGUCGUUCCCUAGGUGGCACCACUUGACCUCACUUCCCUUCCCCACUUUUUCUUCUGCAGUGUUACGGUGGGACGUAUUUGCGACUACAGCCACUGCUGUUGAUGGCUAUCAUGUGGCUCACGAUUCAGAGUGUCCUUCUAGCGAUCACAGGCCUGCUGCAACAAUCGUUUGUCCAAGCAAAUAUGAUGCCCCAAAACUCAGAAAGAAUUUCAAGAAAGCUCUCCUCCUUGCAGGCCUGUGGCUGCAGCUGGGCCUUGCAUUGGCAUUGAUUGUGGUCGUUUUGGUUUUGGCCUGGCCCCUGCGGAGCCUUGCUUGGAUCGACUUUUGCAAGGGAGCCUACCGGCACCUCACCGACCCAGUCAUGAAACUGCGAGUGAAGAUCUACACCAUUGUUUUUUCACUCUUGCCCUUUGGCCUCAUCAUGCCCAUCUUUGGCCCUUGGGAGCGUGUGCAGAAGUGGGUGAGGUGGCACCCUUACAAUCUUGAUGCAGAGCUCCUCUGGCGUGGAACCUUCGCCACCUUCGCCUUGGCCUUCUUUCUGACGGCUGCGAACCCCAAGGUGAACAACUCCAUCGUAGCCUUCUUUGCGGCUCAUGGUGUUUGCCACAGCGUGUCCAUGUUCAUUGACAAUCGCAUUUUUCCCAUGGACGGCAACGACAAUGUGGAGCACAUACUGGAGAUAUCGGUCUUCCUGGUCAUCGGCUUGUUCCACCUGUUUGUGGGACAUAUAGUUUGGUAUUUGCACGAAGGGUAGCUGAUGAGCAGGCUGCCCACUGUCAGCAGAGAUUUGCAGAAGUCCUAUGCAGUUUUCCUCCACCAUUUUCUAAUUAAGAGAACCUGAGAUUUCGCGAGCAUUGGGUUCAACCUAACCUCUUAAACUCUCAGCAUACACAGAUCCAGCAUGCCCUGUGGCAAAAUGUCACAGAAACGCCUGCUCAGCAAAGGUUGGGUGCUGGG